AUGGACUCUCGUACUCGCCGGGAUUGGGAGCAGGAACUUCGAGGAGAGGAUAAAAUUCCAACCUAUGAUGAAGUGGAAUCCUUUCUUCAAAGAAAAGUUUGGGCAUUGAAAACUACUGAAUCAAGUAAAGGGGAGCACGGCGCUCGAGUGAUGGCGGUAUCGACCUCCAAAGGUACAUGUAGUCUCUGCGGGGAUCAACACUAUCUAGGUCAUUGCGCUGACUUAAAAACGCAAUAUCCCGAACAACGAAAAAAGGUCGUCACACAAUUAAAAUUAUGUUUUAAUUGUUUACGGAGCGGACACAUGGUGCGGGAAUGCCUUUCCAAAUCCAGAUGUCAAGAGUGCAAAGCACCACACCACACUCUUCUACAUCAACCAACCACUCUUAAACGUCCUACAGAAGACACGCCACGACCUACCGGCUCUGAAGCCAGUUUCGCAUCAAGUAUCCUGAUUCGUCGUUUAGGUUUGAUGCAACGGGUUACUAAUGUACCUAUUAGCACUAUCGGAGGCUGUCAGAUAGAGACUGUACGUGGAAGUGUUACUCUUCAUCUGCACUCAAGACAGGCAUCUGCAUCUCUUGAGGUUCAAGCAUUAGUUCUUCGUUCCCUGCCGAUUACAACACCACCACAAAAAGUGGUGAAACCGGAAUUUGCUCAUUUGAAAAGAGUUGCACUCGCUGAUCCAGAUUUUACUACGUCUCAAGGCAUUGAGAUUCUCUUGGGCGCCGAUGUUUAUGGAUCACUUCUCCUUGAUGGUCUUCGUCGGGGACCAUGCGGUACUCCCAUCGCUCAGCAGACGAUAUUUGGCUGGGUAGUUAUGGGAUCAGAGACACAAUCGCUGAUAAAAUACGUAUCAGCCUUAACGACGAACCCUCUUGAUGACCUGUCCAAUAACCUAGAACGAUUCUGGAACCAAGAGGAAGUCUCAGCUCAACCUGUCCUGUCUCGUGAAGAUCAGGAUUGUGUACAACUGUUUCAGAAAGGUGUUCGACGUGACAACAGUGGGAAAUACCGCGUUCGACUUCCCGUUCGGUCAUCGUGCAGCUCUCAGUUAGGUGAAUCCCUGAGUACUGCCCGAAGCAUCCUCAAAUCAACACUUUUCCGCAUGGACAAAGAUCCCAAACUGGCUAAAGAAUACGCACGCUUCAUACAGGAAUACGAACGACUUGGGCACAUGCGUCCUGUCUCACCGUCGUCGAUUGUGCCCCAUGACCCCCCUCCGUAUUACAUCGCUCACCAUGGUAUCUGGCGGAAUGCUGAUGGUAAACCAAAACUCCGCGUUGUCUUCAAUGCUUCUCGACCAUCAACAACUGGAUUAUCUGCUAAUCAGUUGCUACAUACUAGACCCAAACUUCAGAUUAAUCUAGCCACCAUUCUAAUGCGAUGGCGUUUCUUUCGUGUAGUCUUUGUAGCGGAUAUCGAGAUGAUGUACAGGAUGAUUUUAAUCGACGAGCGUGACGUUGACUUACAAAGAAUCGUUUGGAAACGACCCGAAGACGACAAGGUUACUCACUUCCAGUUAUUAACUUUGACUUACGGAAUGUCCUGUUCUCCAUACUUAGCCCUCCGAACCAUGCAACAGCUUGCAACUGACGAAGAAGCUAGUUUCCCGGACGCCGCUCGCAUAAUUCGUAAAAACACCCACGUCGAUGACGUUUUUAGUGGAGCUGACGAUGAGGCAUCCGCCGCUCAACUUAAAAGCCAACUGAUAUCAAUGUUGUUAACAGCAGGAUUCCAUCUGAAGAAGUGGAUCUCAAACCAUCCCCCUUUGUUGUACGAGAUUCCGGAAUGCGAUAGACUUCAUCCUCAUUGGAGACAUUUUGAAACCGGCGGACCCACUAAUGCACUAGGCGUUGCUUGGAAUCCCGUGCGCGACGAGUUUCGCUUCCAGCCUGCCACUCUCGAAUUCAAAAAGGAAAUCACGAAGAGAAACGUGUUGUCUGCUAUCGCGAGAUUGUUCGACCCAGUUGGUUGGCUCUCUCCGAUUCUAAUUGUAGCGAAAGUUAUUAUGCAGGAUUUGUGGCGUGCAAAACUUGGUUGGGAUGAAUCUCUGCCAGACGCAUUAUCUCAACGAUGGAUCACCUUUAAAAGCCAAAUUUCAUCAGUUUCGAUGAAUGAUGAAUGA